GAGCGAGAUAAGAUAGAUUCACAACAUUCCCCUAUCGCUAUCUAAUCGGUAUCGCGUAUUGAUUCAAACGGUAAUGAGCGAGAAACACUUGUCAAUUUAAAAUUUUGUGAAAGUGGCCCGUGCGCAACUAAUAUGGCGAUUGUAAGGGAUGCGCCGGAUCCGGCCAAUCCGAUCAGUUACGUUGCGACAGUAGCGUUUUUCUGCUGCGUGUCCUGCGUAGUGCUGAUGUUCUUUCGAGGGUUCCGCGCGCGGAUCAACGUCGCCUCGCAACGGUCGAGGGAUGAGAACGUGCCCGUCGUUUGUAUUAGCGGCGCGUACAGAGCUAAUAGGGAGGAGUUUAUUGAAUAUGGUAGAAUUGCGGAACCUCCUAAAAAGAUAUCACCUUCAAUGGUGAGGCUGCCACUAAAUAAUAACACGAUCAAGGCCUCAAAAAGUACCACUGACAUAAGAGAACCAGAUUUCGUGCCUGUUAUGCUAAACAAAAGCACUCCGGACAUUUCCUUCGACCCUAGAGGUGGAAAAAAUAACGUUCCUGAGGUUCAAUUGCGACACCCAGAGAAGAGUCAGAAAGUAUUGAAAAAGGAGGAGAAAGAGAGGUUGAAAUUGGAGAAGAAACGACAAGCCGAACAUAAAGCGCGGGAAAAGGCGGCGCAAGAACAAGCAAAAAAAGAAAGAGUGAGACUAGAGAAGGAACAAGCGAAGGCGAAGGCGAAUGAGAAAAAGGGAAAGAAGAAAGUCGUAGCGCCCCAAGCUCCGCCUUUACCUAAAAGUCCCCCACCACAGACUUCAACGGCCCUCCCACCACAAAGCUCAACGGCCUCCCCACCACAGGCCUCAACAGUGCCCGCACCACCGAGACAGCCAUACCCGACAGACACUUUGAAAAGUGAUAUCAACAGGAGCAGCGGUCCACCCCCUUACUCAGAAUUAGCAGAACCUAAUAAACCAGACAAGGCGAAUUCUAGUAAUGUCAGUUUUGGCAAGCCCAUAGACAACACACCUAGCAGUUGGGACAUGGUCACGCAGCAUAGACAACAGAUGAGUCGACCCACUUCUACGAUUGGUGGCGCUAGGAAGCAAGUGGUUAUGGACUUGCAGUACAAUUUCAAUAAGAAUGUGGAUGACAAAGACAAUAGUGAAGCGUGAUAUGAAAUAUUGUUUGUUUGGUGAAUGUGUUUUACAAAAAAAAAGGAAUAAAAGUGAGAUAUGUACUAUAUAUAAGUUAUUAAAUGUAGAAAUAAAAUAUUUUUAAAAUAAAAUAAAUUCAAAACAAAAGCUUA